UAGGUAACUGCGGCGCCUGCGCGCAGAGGCCCCGAGCGGCGCCCCAGGCGGGGACUCCGGCGAGGCUCCGCUCCGGCGAGGCUCACCUCCGUCUCGGCUGCGGCGCUCGCCUGUGCUCUCCGUCGCCUGGGUCGGGUCCCGCGCCUGGCUCGGCGAUGAACCGGUGCGCCGAGGCGGCGGCGGUGGCAGCCACAGUGCCGGGCGCGGGCGUCGGGGGCGCGGCGCUGCGGCCGUCCAUGGUGCCUCGCCAGGCGUCCUUCUUCCAGCCGCCCGUGCCUAACCCCUUCGUGCAGCAGACGCACAUCGGCGUGGCGAGGCGGAUCCAGAUUUUCCUUCUUGGAAUUUUCCUGCUUCCAAUUCGUGUCUUAUUGGUUGCAUUAAUUUUAUUACUGGCAUGGCCAUUUGCUGUAAUUUCAACAGCAUUCUGUCCUGAAAAGCUGACCCACCCAAUAACUGGUUGGAGGAGGAAAAUUACUCAAACGGCUUUGAAGUUUCUGGGUCAUGCUAUGUUCUUUUCAAUGGGGUUUAUAGUUGCUGUGAAAGGAAAGAUUGCAGGUCCUUUGGAAGCACCAGUUUUUGUCGUUGCCCCCCAUUCAACAUUCUUUGAUGGAAUUGCCUGUAUUGUAGCUGGGCUACCUUCUAUGGUAUCUCGAAAUGAUAAUGCACAAGUUCCUCUGAUUGGCAGACUGUUACGGGCUGUGCAGCCAGUGUUGGUAUCCCGUGUAGAUCCAGAUUCCCGAAAAAGCAUAAUAAAUGAAAUAAUAAAGCGAGCAACAUCAGGAGGGGAGUGGCCUCAGAUACUAGUUUUCCCAGAAGGUACUUGUACUAAUCGUUCCUGUUUGAUUACUUUUAAACCAGGAGCCUUCAUUCCAGGAGUUCCAGUGCAGCCAAUUCUCCUCAGAUAUCCAAAUAAACUGGAUACUGUGACCUGGACAUGGCAAGGAUAUACAUUCAUUCAGCUUUGUGUGCUUACUUUCUGCCAGCCCUUCACUAAGGUAGAAGUUGAGUUUAUGCCUGUUCAAGUACCAAAUGAUGAAGAAAAAAAUGAUCCUGUCCUUUUUGCCAGUAGAGUCCGGAGUUUAAUGGCAGAAGCUCUAGGAAUACCAGUAACAGAUCAUACCUAUGAAGAUUGCAGAUUGAUGAUUUCAGCGGGACAGCUAACAUUGCCUAUGGAAGCUGGGUUGGUGGAGUUUACUAAAAUUAGCCGGAAAUUGAAAUUAGAUUGGGAUGGUGUUCGUAAACAUUUGGAUGAAUAUGCAUCUAUUGCAAGUUCCUCAAAAGGAGGAAGAAUUGGAAUUGAAGAAUUUGCAGAGUAUUUAAAGUUUCCUGUUUCAGAUGUCUUGAGACAACUUUUUGCACUCUUUGACAGGAAUCAUGAUGGCAGUAUCGACUUCCGAGAGUAUGUGAUUGGCCUGGCUGUCUUGUGCAACCCUGCCAACACAGAGGAGAUCAUCCAGGUGGCAUUUAAGCUCUUUGAUGUUGAUGAGGAUGGCUACAUAACAGAGGAAGAGUUUUCCACUAUUCUGCAGGCUUCUCUUGGAGUGCCUGACCUUGAUGUUUCUUGUCUCUUCAAGGAAAUAGCCCAAGGGGACUCUAUUUCCUACGAGGAAUUUAAAAGUUUCGCCUUAAAGCAUCCAGAAUAUGCUAAGAUAUUUACAACAUACCUAGACCUCCAGACGUGUCAUGUGUUUUCAUUACCAAAAGAAGUCCAGACAACUCCUUCCAUUGCAAGUAAUAAAGUCAGCCCUGAAAAGCAUGAAGAGAGUACCUCAGAUAAAAAAGAUGACUGAAAACAGUAUUCCCAAUAAGGAAAAUACAGUGGCUUUCACAGGAAAUUGUAAGGCAUUUACUGUUGGUAUUUUUUAUGUGUUUGUUGAGUAAUGGUGUUUAAAAUGGAAAGCUUUUUUAUAAAGAUGAUAGAUUUUCUUAC